AUGGCGGCUGCCAUGAGAAUCCUAAGAUACAUCAAAGGCACACUGGGUUACGGAAUCAAAUUCACAAAGGGCAGUUCAUUCUUAUUAGGGUUCUCUGAUGCUUAUUGGGCCGGAUGCAUUGAUGACAGACGAUCCACAGGAGGCUACUGCAUUUUUCUUGGCAAUAACAUCGUCUACUGGUCAUAUAAAAAGCAAACCACAGUUGCACGUUCAAGCACAGAGGCAGAAUAUCGCACACUAGCUCACAGUGCUGCUGAGAUUGUCUGGAUAUGCUUUAUUCUGCAAGAUCUUCACUUUCCCUUACCAGGGGUACCAAAUAAGCCUGACAAGUUUAUUAAUGCUGUUUUGAAUCAUGGUGAGCACUCUGCUGUUUUUCGUGUUAAUACUAAAAUAAUCGUAGAAGAACUGAAGCAUUUAGCAUGCAAGCACUGGAGGUCUUUGUCUCCUGGGAGUAUAUGUUUCAGCUAUAUGAACAAUGCUCAAGUAGUUUUUGUGACAGGUGAUAUACAACUGCAAAGCUUAAUUGGUUUCAUGAUUCUUAUUGAUAAUGAAGAUGUCUAUUUGCAUGUGGAUAUGAUUCCGAAUCAUACUUCUCGUUCUAAGUCUAGUUGUAGCAGAAGUUCUGGUUCUAAGUCUGGUUGCAGCAGUAGUUCUAGUUCUUGUUCUAAGUCUGCUUGUGAAAUUGAAAGUCCUAAGAUGGUAAGGGUGUUAGAUCAUGAUGCAGACAAGGGGAAGCCUCUUAUUAUCGAUGAAUGA